AUGAGCGCGUCGGCAAAAAUCAGCUACUUGUUACAGGUGGGCGAUUCCAACCAUGACGGGGACAUUUGGAAGUGGCUGGACGAGACACCCGGCAGUGUACGGGUUUUGGAUGUAGUAUCCGGUAGGGACACGGUGGAACCCGCUCUUGACCAAAUGCUUUCUCAUUGGUGCUUUCAAAGGAAUCAUGGAUUGUGGAAGAAGAGCGGUAUCCAGAGAUGCUUAGAACGUUCUAAUCUCGGUUACAUCAAUCAGCCAAGCGCAGGUACCAUCCAUUGGUUGCCCUUAGGCUUGAAAGUGUUGAAGAAUGUUGAAACCAUCAUCCGUGAUGAGAUGGACCGUGUUGGUGGUGAAGAGUUCAGUUUGAGCUCUUUGAGUAGUAGAGACCUAUGGCAGCAGACUGGGAGAUGGAAGAACACCGAACUGUUCAAGAUGAAGAUAAAUGACGGUGAGAAUGACGACUUCUGCCUGGCCCCAACGCACGAGGAGGAGAUUACAAACCUAAUCAAAUUGGCAAACGUCAACUACAAGGCAUUGCCACUGUUAACUUACCAGAUCACUCGUAAGUACAGAUUUGAGAAACGUCCGCGCGGUGGAUUGUUGAGAGGCCGUGAAUUUGUCAUGAAGGACGCAUACUCAUUCGAUAAGGACCAUAACGGUGCCAUCGAAACCUUCGACAAAGUUAACGAGGCGUAUUACAAGAUCUUCUCAAGGCUGAAAGUGCCCUUUGAAAGAGCAGUGGCCGACUCAGGAGACAUAGGUGGUAACCUCAGUCAAGAGUGGCACUUCGUCAAUCCAGUAGGUGAGGAUCUGCUAUAUAAAUGCACGCAUUGCUCAACGGUUUCAAACGUUGAAAAGACGGUAGCAUUACCACUUGACGACUCACCUCCUGCCAAAGUGGCAAAAGUACAAUACGCAUUGACCCAAGAUAAUGAAACUCUUGUUGCUGCUUAUUACCCCGAUGAUCGGGUGUUCCUCCCAAAUUUGCUCAAAGAUCAAGUUGAAGACAUUGAUAUGUCAUCUCUUUUGUUAUCCCCAGAAGAAGUGGUCGAAAGGUUCCAAGGUGAAGGAGAUGAGGAGCUGAUUCUAAAAAAGUUCAUCCGUAUAAUGGAUGCAAGACUGAACGAUUCCACGGAUUUACCUGAUUUCCCAAUUUCAACUUUCCAGAAGAACAACUUUACUCUGAUAACUGAUGUACCACUGGUUGAAGCCCGUGAGGGUGAAAUCUGCGGCGAGUGUGAAGAAGGUACUUUGACUGGAAUGAAUGCAAUUGAAGUUGGACACACUUUUUACCUCGGCACGAGAUACUCAAAGCCUAUGAAUGCAAGAUAUGCAACUGCUCAGAACACUUCAGAACUGUUAGAGAUGGGAUGUUACGGUAUAGGGGUCUCAAGAAUUGUUGGUGCCAUCGCACAGAUGAACAGGGAUCAACAAGGACUUGUAUGGCCUUCUACAAUUGCUCCAUACCAGGUUGCAUUGGUUGUUGCACCAAGAGUCGAUUCUCAAACCGUUGACGAUGCGUUGAGACUGUUAUCUCCAUGGAAAGUGAUGCAAGAUCAAAACGAAAAGACUGGCUUUGGUGCAAAGAUCAUCAACGCAAAGAUGCACGGUAUCCCAAUCGUUGCAGUUGUCGGUAAAAACUGGCCAAUUGUUGAAUUGGAAGUGCGUGGUAAGAGAUGGAAACCUGAUAACGAUGAAACACCUUACGACUACGAAAUAGCAUUACAACAAAAGACAGAAGAGUGGGGAUGGACCUGUGAAGUUAACAAUGGUGUUGAAAAGCACUUUGUCCAAAAGGAUCGCAUCCAGGACGUUAUCUCUCUGUUGCUAAAGGACUUGUGA